AAGAAUACAAAUAUUACAACACAUUUACGAUAAGAUUAGGACAGUUUAUAAUCAGCUGUUGAUACAAGAUAAGCAUCAUUUCUUCUUCAAGAGGCAGACGAAACAGACUACAAGAUGCCAGCUUACAGGUGGAUUCAUCGAAGCGCGGAGCAAAGUUUACCCAGAAAUGCAGUUGUUGGAGGACGAGACGCCGACGGAACGACCAUCUUUGUCGGCAGAGCCUUCCACGAAGGUGACAUGCUUCCGGCAAAAGUGAUUCCCGAUAAAAGCGUUGCUUACGUGUGCCACAACGGAGAGGAACACGCUAAAUACGAUUUCGAAGUUCUGUGCCUGGGCGAAUUCGCAUGGGAGUUCAGCAGCAAUGGCGAGGUUCCAAGCGAAGCGGUAGUCGCAGGACAGACUUCUGACGGAGAGUCUCUGUAUAUUGGCCGCGUUCUCCAUAAUGGAUCCCAAACAGUUGGCAAGGUCCAACCCAGUCACGGCUGCCUCUACAUUCCCUUCGACGGAGAGGAGUUGUCCUUCAAAGACUACGAAGUCCUCGUACUUAAUUAAUUACUGUGAAACUAAGGUUACGAUCGUUGUUAUACGCAUAGAAUACAUGACUAAUGUUUUUUAUUAUAUUUAGACCUUCGAUUCUCGCCUAAACGUAACGAUUUUUUUAACGAAGGAGAAUAACAAUAAAUAAGAAAUAAAUACUAAAGAGGAUCAAUAUCGUACUGCAAAUAGUUAUCCUUACGACUUACCAUAAAAUAUACUGCUUCCUGUGUCUAGUACAAAAAGAGGCGAAACCUAAAAAUCAUUGACGCGUUUAACGCGAAGGUUG